ACACCAGCGCUCGUUGCUCACUCGGACAGCCACCGACAGAGCUACCUAUGCUUGAGUGAACCAUGCGACAAUCAGCGGCAACACCAUGGCUCACAGCGACGACGAUAAGCCACCCAGCGUGACGAGAGGCGCAAAGGGCGAUGCAGCAAAGUCCGAGACUCAACCGCCAUCGCCGCCGUCGCCAGAGCUUCAUCCUCGUGAGCAGCGAGAGCCUGCAGCUGCCGUCGCCCCAAAACAGCGAGCAGAAGCGCAUCAAUGGGUCGGUAACCAAACCAGUCGAUACCCUCAGCGUAAAACGAUUCGAGGCCCGAAACGAACCAGACGUGCCAGCCGCGAAGCGCCAGAAGAAGGACAACACGCGGACCUAUGGCGAGACCAGCCAUUACUUCGAACCAUCUCGAGCCAAGAACGGCAUUCACGAGGUCCUCAUCGACGACGAUACAGUCGACCACAGAAGCAACUCAAGCGCGGGAAUCGCAGGCGCCGGCAAUCUGGCUUUGCGCGAAUACCGCGCCCUGGACGACAAACUCCAUACGGGCAGGAAACCGCCGCGACGACGUAGAAGCCGGACCGGCACAAAUCUGAGUUCGCCGCUGAACGGUGCGGUCAACACUAGGCCAGACGUCUUCCGAUCUCCUGCAUUUCAAAAGCGAGGCACCCUCAUAUCUGUUCAAGACAGCCCAGAUGUCCUUGGUGCCCAAGAGCCUGAUGCUGGACCCGCGAACAUUACCUCCGAUCUCUUCUCACACUCCUCUACGAAACGGAACCGAUCGAACCUUCCCAGGCCCAUCUUCAAACGCCAAAAGCCUUCGACAACGAAAGAACCCAUAGACAUUUCGGAAGAUGAACUCCAAGCCGAUCCCACGAAGCGCGGCGGAGCUAGCCGCCAGAGCGCUGCCCUCCCACGAUCCUCCGGCACUUCUGGUGCCCCCAGCAAGAUCCCCAUGAGAGGUGACAUACAGCCUACAAUUUUCGAAAAUGCUGAGCUAGAAAAGAAGGCCGAGAAGGCAUUCAUUGAAGCAAAGAAUUGGAUAGCCUCAAAUGUUACUUCCAAAACCAACGGCCGGACAUCCGCGGACGAUAAGACGGACGAUAAGAGGCAAGAGGGUGCAAUUGCACCACCAUCGAGCCCAGACCGACGCUCAGGAUCGAAUCGAUCGAAGCUCAUAGACAGCUUAAUGCGAUCAGCCAAGAGUUCCGAAGACUCUGUAGCCGUUGAACGGCCGGAAGAGGAGCUUGGGUACGAGUUUGACGUUCGCCGGUUGACGAGGUCGUACGAUCCACCUACGCGCCGUCGAAUGCCCUCUCCAGACACCUGGACAACGCUGCAUCCAGACUGGCAUGAGUCAUGGCAGGCACCGCUUAUAUUCCCCCCGACCGGAAAGAAUAGAGCGACGGUGGACAAAGUCGACAUUCCCCGACUAGAUGAGGGCGAGUUCUUGAACGACAAUCUCAUCAACUUUUACAUCCGCUAUCUAGAAUACAGCCUGGAAAAGGAGAGGCCUGAACUGCUUCGCAAAAUCUACUUCUUCAGUACCUUCUUCUUCGAGAAGUUGAAGUCCACAAAGGGCAAGAUCAACUAUGACGGCGUCAGAUCAUGGACGGCAAAGGUGGAUUUGCUCUCUUAUGACUACAUCAUUGUGCCAGUCAACGAAAAUGCUCACUGGUAUCUGGCCAUUAUCUGCAACGUUCCCAACGCAGUCAAAUCCGCCUCAGAGGAUAAGAAGAGAGAAGCGUCGACGACUCCGAUACCAGAUGCCAUAGAAGUGGCGGAUGCACCUAGGUCCCCCCACCUGUCAUCAGUGGAACGGAAUUUGACGGACAUCACUCUGGAGGAUACAGCUGUGACAACGGCAGCAUCAAGAGAAAAAGCCGAUGACGUCUCAUUGUGCGGCGGUAUAUCUUCAUCGGUUGCGCGGUUCGCCCCCCUUAAGAAGAGGAGAACCACAGGCUCUACGCAAUCCAAGUUUGAUCCUUCCCAACCGAGAAUCAUCACCCUCGACUCGCUGGGAAACGCACAUGCCCCAACCUGCAGGGCGUUGAAGGAAUAUUUGAUCGAGGAAGCAAAGGCUAAAAGGGGAAUCGACUUGACAACCGUGCCCAGUGGCAUGACAGCGAGAGGCAUACCAGAACAAAACAACUAUUGCGACUGCGGCGUAUUCAUACUGGCGUAUAUGGAAGAAUUUUUGGCGAACCCCGAUGAGGCAGCACGUAAGCUCCUGAUGAAGGAAGAACUGGGGUGGGACAUUCGUCCUGCUGAUAUACGAAACAGUAUCAGGGAACUCCUGUUUGAUCUUCAAGCUGAACAGCAAAAGCGCCACAAGCAACUUGAGGAGGAGAAAAGACUUCGCAAGGCGAAGAGGAAGUCUCUGGUCGAGACAAGCCCAGAGGCUUCCUCACCGCUUAAGCCUGUGGUUUUGUCACCUCCAGCACCCAAGAUCCCCGGCUCUUUCCCCUCAGAAUCUCCAGAGAGGAAGUCGGCAUCAGGAACAGCUCGAUCAUCGCCGGAAUCCGUACAAGAGGCCAAGAGGCAGGAGGGCGGGGGCUUGAAUGGUGAAGCAUCAAAUCAAGCUGCAGAAGCUCAGCCAAAGCGCAAGUCAUCUGAAGGCCCCCGAUUUGUCAGCCCUCUAUCAUUCGACAAGAUCGUCGUGGAGCUGAAACCUCCAAAAGGUUUCGACAGGAGCGAAUUUGUCACCUCGUCCGACGAUGUCCAGAUCAUGAAGGAGACGUCAGUUCCUCCAAGCGAGCAUAAAGGCGGCUCAAACACGGCUGCAAAACGCCGGCGCCGACACUCUUCUGUGGAAGAGGUCGAGGCACCAGCUGUUCGACCAACUUCAUCUUCUCGACUGCAGAAACAAGGGAACAAAACAUCUGCCAAUGCCUCGUCGUCACGGCUCCCUCAACAGUCGAUUGAAUGCAUCGAAUCUGAUGGCGACCAACCCAAAUACGAUGGGAUAGACAGGUCCAGCAAACCGAUUGAGGCAAUUGUACUCUAA